UCAGGGCGAAGAUGCGCACUGGAGAUGCGCGAAGAACGAAAACUGGUCUUUCCGCAGUUAUGGACUCUGGUGAACUCCGCUGUAUGUAUUGACUGUACAGUAUUCUUGUACUACCCUUGUAAGAAUCAAACUUCCUAAUUGUCCACUUUAAUUAAAAUGGCCCUUUCACAUAAUGUACGAAGUUCUUCGUGAGUAACUGUUUACAUUCCUAUUAGCACGCGUCUGGCUAUGGUUAUGUUUACGGUUAUAGCUGUUGAGCAACUGAAAGUCGAUAUUACGUUAGUAAGAAUUUAUUUCUCAUUCAGGCCAAUUAAAAGUGUACAAUUAUGUAGUGAAUAGCGGAAUUAUAGUUUCACUUUCAUAGCUGGUAAUUCUAACGCGAGACUAAGGCUGAAAGUUUCAAAGCUUUGCAAUUAGCACAAGGAAACAUACUAAAAAUAUUAUAAAUUAUUUAUUACACGGAAUGGCAUUUCUUAUUAUUGCUAAUAGUAAGAAAGGAUAUACAAGUUUCUUAAUCCUUGAACAAAGUUAAUUUAAAAUUAAAUGUAUAAUUCUAAGCGCAAGAGAUUGUCUACAUCGACAACAAAAGGCGAUGAAAAAGUGGUACUUUGUCACUUGCUCCUUCCAUCGGAUCGAAUGAUCACAGUGGAACGCUACAAACAGCAAUUGAAUUAUUUGAACAAGACACUUCGAGAGAAAUCUUCAACUUGUGCAACGAACCGACGCAAAAACGUUUUGCUCCAUAUAAUGCGAAGCCCUAUGUUGCUUCUCCAAUCGAGCAAACACUUCUUGAUCUUGAAAAUUCAAAAAUUCUAGAAUUGCAAAAUUCUAAAAUGUUAAAAUGCUAAAAUUUCAAGAACCAAAAUUUCCAAAUUCUGAGAUCCUAACAUCUUCUCCCAAUGUCUUAUACUUUAUUUCAUAAAAACCACUAAUGCCAUACUUUCCACCUAUUUUAUAAAUUUUCCUUUCCUCCAUUUAAUCAACACCCUAAUUAAACUCUAAAAGGAUUAAACAACAGACCACCCUAUCGACAAAAGAUUGUCGAUAAAUCAUUUAACGCAAGGAUUCAUCGAUGAGGAGAAUCAAAGGAAAAGGGCGACGGGAAUAGUCGCGAUGGUGGGGGGAGACAUCGAGCGUCGGAGGGGUGAGCGCGCGCGGUACGCGGUGGUGGGGGGAAUCGGAGGGCAAAUGGAAAGUCUGACUCCGACCCGCUGGCAGUCUCGUUGAUCCAGCCACGGGUAGUAUGCGCCGGUGACGUGACAAUGGCGGUACUUGUAAUUGCGGUACGGUGCGUUAUUGUGAUCAGCUGAUCAACCGAGCUUGUCAGUGGUACCGGAAGUGUCCGAUUCUAAGGACACGCGAAUCGAAUAAAUAAUUCGAAGAGCAGAGGCUCCGAAUCGACGUUUCGUCUCGCAUCGUCGUUCGCGAAAGAGAAAUUCGUGAAAAGAAAAGAAAAUUCCAUUUCGGGAGAUAUGUCGCGCUCGUGAUCCUCUUUCGUUCGCCAGGCGUCGGUGUUAUCCUUCGCUUUUUUCUGUGAAUAUUGUGUUUUGCCAUUUUCGCGGCUGUGUUGUGUGCACGUAUGCGUGAGAUUCGCACGAGAGAUAGAUAAAUGUGUGUUAGCCAUGCCUGCCGUGCGGAAAUACAGAAGGGAUACCAGUGAAGUGAGCUGCUGUCUCAAGUAUGUGAUCUUUGGAUUUAAUGUCAUGUUUUGGUGGCUGGGUUUGGGCAUUAUGGCUGUGGGUGUCUGGGCAUGGACCGAAAAGGACACAUUUAAUAAUUUAUCCCGCCUCACAAACGUCGCCCUCGACCCAGCAUUUAUUCUCAUUCUAGUCGGUACAGUGACAUUUAUCAUCGGAUUUACCGGGUGUGUCGGUGCACUCAGGGAAAAUACGUGCCUCCUAGCUGCGUAUGCGAUAUUCCUGGCCCUACUGCUACUAAUGGAGAUAGCGGUCGGUGUGUUAGGCUUCGUCUUUAAAGACUGGAUAAAGUCACAAGCUACUGGUGGCUUCCAAGCGUUUAUCAUUCACUACAGGGAAGACCCUGAUCAACAGAAUCUUAUUGAUUGGAUUCAAGAAGAUUGGUUGCAGUGCUGUGGCAUCGAGGGCCCUAAAGACUGGGAUCGCAAUAAUUAUUUCAAUUGUUCGUCGAGCGAUAUUGGCUCGAGGGAAGCGUGCGGCGUGCCUUUUAGCUGUUGUAAACGAAAGCCAAAUGAGAUUAUUAAGAACAAACAGUGUGGUUACGAUGUUAGGAAGCCUAGCUACACAGGAGAGAGGAGUAUAUACGAGAGAGGUUGUCUAAGGGCGGGCGAAGAGUGGCUAGAAUUGAAUCUCGUACCUGUCGCUGGUACCGUUGUCAGCACUAUGGUUCUACAGCCAAUCGCCUUUGUUUUACAGAACUUUGAGGUUGCCAAAGUGAUUUAUGAGAAAGGUUGUAUUCAAGCUGGGGAGGAAUGGGUUCAACGAAAUCUUCUUUCAAUUGCCACUGGCGCAGUUGGUACGGCAUUUGCACAGAUUCUGGGAAUCUGCUUCGCGCAAAAUCUGCGAGCCGACAUAUUCGCACAAAAGGCGAAGUGGCAUUGACAAUUCAGGGCCCCCACGGCGGUCUAGCAUCUAAUCAUCAUAGAUGCUAAUCGUUCACGUUGAUCGAUCUAAAAAGUUCGUCGAUCUCGAGGAAGAGCCAGAGUUUCGACGAAAGCAUCGACACCAUUCCGAGUAGCAGUAUUCAAGAUGGAAGAACGAAGACAAGGCAGAAUUAAUUUGCAAGAUGGCGCGCUUUCACCAACUUCGGGAAACUGUACGAACGUUUCCAAGGAACUUUGAACCUUCGACUAAGAUCUCGUGAUUUUACCCUUUUAUCAACUGCCAUAACUUUAUGAAAAUCCAUAGUGGUUGCCAUGACUCAUGAAAUUGAUAGAUUUUAUGAUAAAUCGAAACUUUUUAAUAA